UCAGCUGGCGUUGCGAGCAAUGCAAGAAACAUCUCCAGUGCUAAGGGCUGCGUGCAGAAAAAUCUGGACCCGAUGUAAUUUGAAGCUAAGAGCCAGGCACACUGCCUUGUGUCCACAACAGUAUUAGCUAAUAGGAGUUUUUUGGUCUGCUGAGGGCACGGUGGAUACACUAGAAUGGAUACAGAGGAAUUUCCUCCUCCACCUCCAGAAGUUCUAGAGAAUCAACCCAAAGUCCCUGGUACAAAUGAUGAAGAGGAGGAUGAAGGAGAAGAGUUUGACUUUGACAGUGGGGAUGAGAUACCGGAAGCAGACAGACAAGCUCUUAUGCCUCCUCCUUCUGAGUGUGGGAAUAACACAGAGCAUGAGGAGACCAACGCUGCAGGGACUGAUAAUUUAGUAAAAAACGAGGAAAUACAGACAUCGCAGUCUGCUGCACAGGGCACUCCAACGAAGGUCAAUCCCUACUCAGUCAUAAAUAUUUCACCAGUCCAAGAGAAUGAUCCAUCCUCAUCACCAGAACCGAGCCCUCAAGAGGAAAGGGCGAGUCCCAGCUCGUGCAGUGGAUAUUCUGUUCCGGUGCCCUGUGGCUACGCUGUACCCUCCAAUUUACCACUGAUACUGCCAGCCUACUCCAGUCCUGUUAUAAUACGCAGCAUUUCUGUGGACGAGGAAGGCACGCAGUCAGCAACUGAAGAAUGCCACUGUAGCUCUGCAAAUUCAGAGGAUCCCCAAAAUAGUGAAGAAAACCAGCUCAGGAGAGAGGAUGAUGCUCUGGCCAAGUGGACUGCAGAUCCAGCAAAUACAGCUUGGAUGGAAAAUCCAGAUGAAGUAAUUUAUGAUGAUGUGCCAAAUGAAAAUUCAGACUCUGAGCCAGAGGAAAUGAUUUAUGAUGAUGUUGAAAAUGGUGAUGAUGGUGGCAACAGCUCCCUGGAUUAUGGGUGGAGUUCAAGUGAGUUUGAAAGCUAUGAAGAACAAAGUGAUUCUGAGUGUAAAAAUGGAAUUCCCAGCUCCUUUUUGCGAGGCAACCACAAGAGACAUCUUUCUCAUGACCUAACGCGUUUAAAGGAGCRUUAUGAAAAAAAGAUGAAAGAUUUGAUGGCAAACACAGUGGGAGCAGUAGAGAUUCAGCAACUAAAGCAAAAACAUGAGCUGAAGAUGCAAAAGCUCAUGCGAGCUGCUAGAGAAGGUACCAAAGAUGGACUUGAAAAGACAAAAGCAGCCGUGAAAAAGGGUCGUUCUUUCAUUAGAACUAAAUCUUUUAUUUCUCAAGACCAUAGAGCAUCAUGUCUGGAAGAUGAGGAGCUAAAUUUAUUUAUUGAUGUGGACUGUAUGCACACAGAAGCCAUUAUGACACCUAUGCCUGAAGGCCUGUCCCAGCAGCAGGUUGUGAGAAGAUAUAUUCUGGGCUCCGUGGUUGACAGUGAGAAGAAUUAUGUGGAUGCCCUCAAAAGAAUCCUGGAGCAAUAUGAGAAACCUCUUUCAGAAAUGGAACCAAAAUUACUGAGUGAAAGAAAACUCAAAAUGGUCUUUUAUCGAGUUAAGGAGAUUCUUCAGUGCCAUUCGAUGUUUCAGAUAGCCCUGGCCAGCCGCGUCUCUGAGUGGGAUUCUGUUGAAAUGAUUGGCGAUGUCUUUGUUGCUUCAUUUUCUAAGUCUAUGGUAUUGGAUGCAUACAGUGAAUACGUAAACAACUUCAGCACAGCAGUGGGGAUUCUCAAGAAAACAUGUGCCACCAAGCCCGCCUUUCUGGAUUUUUUAAAACAGUGCCAGGAGUCGAGCCCUGAUMGAAUUACGCUGUAUGGUUUAAUGAUGAAACCUAUCCAGCGCUUUCCACAGUUCAUUCUGCUAUUGCAGGAUAUGUUGAAGAAUACUAACAAAGGACAUCCUGAUAGGUUGCCUCUACAGAUGGCUCUUACAGAACUUGAAACACUAGCAGAGAAAUUGAAUGAAAGGAAAAGGGAUGCAGAUCAGCGCUGUGAAAUAAAACAAAUAGCAAAAGCAAUGAAUGAACGUUAUCUGAACAAGCUACUUAGCAGUGGAAGCAGAUACCUCGUACGGACUGAUGAUAUGAUUGAAACAGUUUACAAUGACAAAGGAGAAAUAGUCAAAACCAAAGAGCGACGACUCUUCAUGCUGAAUGAUGUGUUGAUGUGCGCAACAGUAAACGUGCGCUCUUCCUACGAAAGCAGUGGCAUUGUGACAACGGGCCAGAGGUAUUUACUGAAAUGGAGCGUGCCACUGGGACAAGUGGAAGUCAUCGAGUACGGCAGCAGCGAGGGCCAGGGGGAGAACUGCAGGUUUCCACCGCAACACUCCGCUGAGAGCAUCAUUAACUCCAAGCCAAACAAGCUGUAUAUGGGACCAGGGCAACURUACCAUGAUCUGCAGAACCUCUUGCAUGAUUUGAAUGUAGUUGGCCAAAUUAGUCAAUUAAUAGUCAGCCUUAAGGGAAACUACCAGAACUUGAACCCAUCGGUAGCCCAUGACUGGACAUCAGGCUUACAAAAACUGAUCUUGAAAAAAGAAGAUGAGAUUAGGGCUGCAGAUCGCUGUAGAAUCCAGCUACAACUUCCAGGAAAGCAGGACAAGUCUGGGCGGCCUACUUUCUUUACAGCUGUAUUCAAUACAUUUACCCCUGCAAUCAAACAGUCUUGGAUCAACAAUUUACAAAUGGCUAAGCUGGCCCUUGCGGAGGAUAAUCUGUUAGGUUGGUUCUGUGUAGAAGAGGAUGGGAAUCAGAUCAAAAAGGAGAAACAUCCUCUUCUUGUUAGACACAUGCCAGUGAUGAUGGCCAAACAACAAGAGUUUAAGAUUGAAUGUGCCGCCUAUAAUCCCGAGCCUUACCUCCCUGGAGAAGCCGAGUCGGAUUUCUGUUCCAUGGAGCAUGGCUUUCUUUGGAUUGGCAGUUGUACAAACCAGAUGGGCCAGAUUGCAAUAGUGUCGUUUCAAAACUCCAGCCCCAAGGUUAUUGAAUGCUUCAAUGUGGAAUCACGGAUUCUCUGCAUGGUCUACAUACCAGAGGAGGAGAAAGCAAAACAGUUAAACACGCUUCCUGACUCUGAAAACGGCCUUACGAAAGCUUCUAAUGUGCCUACCAUUUGCCUUGGCAUGGAAGAAGGAAGCAUAUCUAUUUACAAAAGUUGUCAAGGCUCAAAGAAAAUUCGACUUCAACACUUCUUUGCUCCUGAAAAAUCAACUGUUAUGAGCUUAACAUAUAUGUCUCAGUACUUGUUUGCUGGUUUGGUGAACGGGAACAUCGCCGUGUACCCCAAAGCAGAAGAUGGAGCAUGGAGUACAGAACCUCAGAAGAUAGUGAAAUUGGGGGUUUUGCCUGUUAGAAGCCUGCUGGUGAUGGAAGAUACCAUUUGGGCUGCGUGUGGUGGACAAAUAUUUUUAAUCAGUACUGAGACACAUGCCAUAGAGAGCCAGUUUGAGGCGCAUCAGGAAGAAGGGAUGGUCGUGUCUCAUAUGGCUGUUGCUGGCGUGGGCAUCUGGAUCGCCUUCACAUCUGGAUCCACCCUUCGCCUGUUCCACACGGAGACCCUGAAACACCUCCAGGACAUCAACAUUGCCACCCCUGUUCACAAUAUGUUGCCAGGGCAGCAGCGGGUUUCUGUGACCAGCCUCCUGGUGUGCCACGGUUUGCUGCUCAUCGGAACCAACCUGGGUAUCAUCGUGGCCUUGCCAGUGCCUCGCCUGCAGGGCAUCCCCAAAGUCACGGGAAGAGGAAUGGUGUCGUAUCAUGCACAUAAUGGCCCGGUCAAGUUUCUUGUAAUGGCUGCAGGUGUGAACAAGAGAAACAAGAACAAGUCGAGGAGCAGUCGGCCUCCUAGCUCCGAGUCCAAAGAGGAUGAGCAAAAGUCCGUUCUGCACAACGAGAGACCAAGUUCUGCCCUUGGCAGCAGCCACGACGCUGCCAUUUGGCUGGGAAGCUCUGCAGGAUCCAUUACACAAAAAAGUGACUUGUCUUCCUCUUCUGGAUCCCUGACGUUGUCUCACGGAUCGAGUUCCCAGGAACACAGACCAGAGGACAGCAACAUUUACGAGCUUUUGAAGGAUCAAAGUGUCUCACUUAAAAGUAAAAGACAGAGAUCCAGGAAAAUGAGGGCAAGUUCAGUAUUGGUCAUUUCUGGUGGUCAAGGACACAGAAGGGUGAACAAGAAGACAAAGCAGCAGCGACAAGAUGAACUAGUGUCUUCAGUGAUGGUUUGGCAAAUCCCACUAGUAAAUAUCUAAGUGAAUUAAAUCCAAGGUACUUUCUCACCUUAAAAAAGGAUGAUAUCUUUUUACAGCAAAUGCCAGAUUAGGUCACAACCUGGUAGACUUUACACAUGGGAGUGAAUUAACUAGUGUUUAAUCACACAAUUAAAAGCUGCAAGACAGUUUUCUUAUAUUUAGAACAUUCUUCAGUAUUAGAUUAUUGGAAAACAUUUAGCUGUUGACCCUGUCUGGGCUACUUAAAACAUAAAGGAUUUGUUAGACCCUUUUAAGUGGUUUUAGAAUCUCUAUCUUAUUUAUAUGCUCAUUUAUAAAUAUCAUCAUUAUGUUCUAUAGCACUUAGGGAAGGCAAGGAACACAUGCCAUGUUGCAUGCUGGGUUUUGCUUAUGUAAAUCAGCUGCUUCUUUUUCCAAAGUGAUAUAUUGCAUGGACUGUAGAUUUUAACAAAUUAGCAAAUAUUUUUAAACAACAAAUAUUCUAAUACAAGCUAAUAGUAAUUUGAUAAUCUCUAUAAUAGUUCAUAACAUAACUCUACAGGUCCGAGUUUGGUCAGGACAGACAAAAUUCAAAUCCAGUUCUAGUAACUGAUUGAUAAUUGUAUAUUUUGACAUAGAAAAUAGAUGUUUUAUUUCUAAUGCUCAGUGUUAUUGAAAAUUUUUGCAGGCUGAAAAGUGCAUUAAUUUUUUCUUUUGGUAGGUGCAAUGUGUCAGUGACUCAGCCUUGCAGUCCAGAUAGACCUCUAGGAGGCWUAGGCUAAGUAGAAAACACAGCUGUAGAGCAGCUGCCUAUUCUAGUGCUACUGACACCUCUGUCUGCCCAUGGAGGGUGCACCCAGGAUGGAGACUUGGUGCCGACUUCAUGCGGCAGGGAUGUGGUUGUGCCUGAGCAGCGGUCACCUCUUUUCACUCCAAAACUCAGAGCAAUAUCAUCUUGUAAGUGGACUUUGUGCAAAUACCRAGCACAGUUCCUUCUUGCACUUUUCACUCAGUGGGGCGAUGUGGUAGAGGGCUGAAUUCAAAGUAGCACCCUGAUCAGCCUUUCUUAAUGAAUGAACACAUUCCUGAAAGGAGCUUUGAAUCUGGUGGUACUAAAUUGUGGUUUGGGCUAGGGUUUUUCUGUCUCUGGGGACRUGAAAUAUUGGGCAAAGCUUUCAGCUCAAACAUUACUGAAAAUGGUGAAGUUGGACAUUUGCCAAUCCAAAUACAUAUUUCAUUCAAAUAGCAGGUUGAGUAGAUUCACCAUGGAUGUUGUCUUCCUUCCUUCAAUAGACUGAAAGAUAACAAAAAUUUAGGACUGUUAACUUUCAUUUGCAUAUGUUAAGAUCUCUAAUACCAAUGAUCAGUUCAGUAAAAUAUAAAUGACAUAUAUCCUAUAUAUGAGCAGAUGUCAGGUGUUUGCAUUGAUUAGAAUUAAGUGUAAUUUUUGAUCACAUUCCAACUCUAUUGCAGUAAGGGAGGGGAAUACGCUCAAAUUAUGUUUCUGAUUUCUAAUAUGAAUGCCUUGAUUUCACCAUGUUUUGUUUCAAUAUGUCUACUUUGAAUCAACAUUAUCCAUAAGCACCAUGUUUCCCAGCAUGUCACAUUUCACGRUAAACUGUACUAGAGACUGCAAAUUAAUCAGAUUAAUUUGUUCAGAGUUUGGGCUGCGUCCAGAUCUGAACAGGAGGAUUCUUGACCCAUACAAGACAGCCUGGAUUUCAGUGAAGGACUUCUGUUAUGGAUUGGACUGAUUGGAUUGUAGGU